AAGUAGACGUGUACUUUUUUUUAAAGGGGAUUUAAUCCCGUCUAAAGAUUAGCUGUUUUUGUUAUAGUAGUAAAUAAUCGUAAAGGAAUUUUAUCCAAGUAAUGGCGACGGUGGAGGAGCUGAAGCUGCGCGUGCGAGAGCUGGAAAACGAGCUGAUCAAAUGUAAGCAGAAACAAUGCUCCUCGGAGGAUGCUCACAUCCAUGCGGCGAACAGACCGAAAAUCGACAAAAUGAGCGCCGAGGUGGUGGAUUCCAACCCAUACAGCCGCCUGAUGGCUCUGAAGAGGAUGGGGAUUGUGGAGGAUUAUGAGAAAAUCCGGACGUUCACAGUAGCUGUCGUCGGUGUCGGUGGAGUUGGCAGUGUCACAGCCGAAAUGCUCACCAGAUGUGGCAUUGGUAAGCUGCUCCUCUUCGACUAUGAUAAAGUUGAGCUUGCAAACAUGAACCGGCUGUUCUUCCAGCCUCACCAGGCAGGCCUCAGUAAAGUGGAGGCAGCGGAGCACACACUCAGAAACAUCAACCCAGAUGUAGUGUUUGAAACCCACAACUACAAUAUCACGACAAUGGAAAACUUUAAUCAUUUCAUGGAUCGCAUCAGUAAUGGAGGGCUUGAAGAGGGAAAGCCUGUGGAUUUGGUCCUGAGCUGUGUAGACAAUUUUGAGGCCAGAAUGGCCAUCAAUACAGCCUGUAAUGAACUGGGUCAGAUCUGGAUGGAGUCUGGUGUGAGUGAGAACGCCGUUUCCGGGCACAUCCAGCUCAUUAACCCCGGGGAGACGGCCUGCUUUGCUUGUGCUCCUCCGCUGGUGGUGGCUGCCAACAUCGACGAGAAGACGCUGAAACGGGAAGGCGUGUGUGCUGCUAGUCUACCAACAACAAUGGGUGUAGUUGCAGGCCUCUUGGUGCAAAACGUCCUCAAAUACCUGCUGAGGUUUGGAAAGGUCAGUUACUAUCUGGGCUACAAUGCAAUGCAGGACUUCUUUCCUUCUAUGGCCAUGAAGGCCAACCCUCAGUGUCACGACCGCCACUGCAGGAGACAGCAGGAGGAGUACAAGAAGAAAGAAGCAGAGCGACCUAAGGAGGUGUUAGUGCAGGAGGAGGAGGAGAUUGUACAUGAAGAAAACGACUGGGGAAUUGAACUAGUGUCAGAAGUGACGGAUGAGGAGCUGCAGCCUACAUCAGGGGCUGUACCCGACCUCCCAGAAGGCAUCACUGUGGCUUAUACCAUUCCAGCUGAGGAGACAUCAGGUGGAGAGAUGGUGGAGGAGACCGAGCAGAGCCUCGAGGACCUAAUGGCUCAGAUGAAAAAGCUGUAAACAACCAUCAUGAACAUAAGACUUUCUCCCAUGUAACCUUUAGUGCAAAGAUAAACAUCUAGAAUGAAUGUCUAACAGCUGAAGAUGGAAAAUGCAACAAUAGCGCUCGCAAAUAAAGACUCAGCAUGUGGAAUCACGACAGAAAUCUCAAAGCAUUAAUAAAUAUGAUUUGAUGCAUGGA